AUGGCACCCAAGAAGGACCCUAAGGCUCCCGUCAAGAAGGCCGAACCAGCGGCAGCGCCUGCACCUGCAGCUGCACCCGCCCCCGCGCCUGCUCCUAAAGCCGCUGCUGUGGACCUGUCCGCCGUCAAGAUUGAAUUCAGCGCAGACCAAAUUGAAGACUACAGGGAGGCCUUCGGUCUGUUCGACAGGGUGGGUGACAACAAGGUGGCCUACAACCAGAUCGCUGACAUCAUGCGCGCUCUGGGACAGAACCCCACCAACAAGGAUGUGAACAAACUGUUGGGAAGCCCCUCCGCUGAGGACAUGGCCAACAAGAGAGUUGAGUUCGAGGGUUUCCUGCCAAUGCUUCAGACCAUCAUCAAUAGCCCAAACAAGGCCGGCUAUGAAGACUACGUUGAGGGUCUGCGCGUGUUCGACAAAGAGGGUAACGGCACAGUGAUGGGCGCUGAGCUGCGUAUUGUCCUGUCAACACUGGGAGAAAAGAUGAAUGAGACUGAGAUUGACGCUCUCAUGGCGGGUCAGGAGGAUGAAAACGGCUGCAUUAACUACGAGGCCUUUGUCAAGCACAUCAUGUCAGUGUAA